AAACAAAACAAGGAACUGUUUUUGUGUCUAUUAGCAAAUAUUAAUGCAAGUUUAAAAUUGUAAAGACAGUCAAGAGGUGAAAAUUGACAAGUAUCUUGAGGAUCGUGUGAAAUUUAAAGUAUAUUUGCAUGAACUCCAAUAGAAUGACUGGUGAACCUAACCAACAAACUCCAGCUUCAGUGUUUGGAUUUGAUUCCUAUCCUCCACUUUUUGCCGUAAAUUGGAAUCAAGCAAAUCCAUUUACAAAUACCAUGGCACAUCCCGAUGCGACCUUACAGCAACAGUAUCAAAUGCUACAAAGACCAGACUCAGCAAUGCCAUUUUCAACUUCAAAUAGUCCUCCACUGCCAAAUCAGAUACCAAACCAAAUACCCUUUAGUAAUAUGCCUUUACCGGGACAUAUUCCCAAUUCGGUACAUCCUGAAUAUGCACAUGCUUUUGGUCAACAGCUGAGUGGUUUUUCAUUUGGUUCUCCAAGACCUACACAAGAGCUGGUUCAGUUCCCUUUUCAAGGUGAGAACAGUAGGUUUGGUAACCGAGAAUUAGGUUGCAAGAGGAAAACAGAGUCGCCACCAUUACAACCUGCCAAACAGCACAUAACUGAAGAAAAAAUGGCAGAACACAUGUCCAAACUUCAUAUAAGUUCAGAAACGGCAUCUCCUAGGGAAAACGACGCCAGCCGGAUGCAGCGUUUGUACAUGUGUGAAGAAAUGCGAAAGCUUAAAACCGAUCCCAUCCUUCCGCAGUCGUUAUUGUCUAAAAUGCAGAAUCCCUGCACAGCGCUAGUGCUGUGGAAGCCACCAACUCGGUUCAUUCCCGUAACCGGAAACAACGAAAUAGACGAAAACGAAAAUAACAAUAGGGAUACUGUACCUGACCACCACAACCAGGAAAGUGAUGAUGUAGAAGAUGAAAUGAGUGAGGUUUGUAUGAACAAUAUGGAUCUUGAUUCUUGUUAGAAGUGUUGGGGGCUUUAGAAUCAUCAAAGACUGAAUUAAACAUAUAUUAGUACCAUUUAAUGGUCUUAUCAGAAGUAAAAUACAUCUGUAAAUGAAUAUUUUUUCUUAUUUUGUUUUUUAUUGUUGAGAUUUUGAAGAACUUAAAACUAUAUUAGAGAUUCGUCGUUUUACAAUUUAUUAUCAUUUAAGUACUGUAUUUUUAAAUGUCUUUACAAAAAUUGUUUUUUCAAUAUAAUAAAAAAUUAAACAAAGUGAUAAAAAUCAAAAAUAUAAGAAAAUCGUUAUUGUCUGUGGAGCCGAUUUUGUUAUUUUUCUCUUUUUCCAAUUCGGUACUCUCUUUUGGUGUAUUCUCUAUUGCUACGUCAGGACUGCACGGUAUUGUUUUAUUUGUCUUAAAAAAUUGUCCUUAACUCUCAAAUGUUAUUUCCCACCAUAAGUAAUUUUCGAUUACUUUUUAUUUUAUGCAAUCGAUUUCCCAUAUCCCAUGUAUGCACAAUUUUAUGCAGACUUUCCCUAUGGAAGGACCUAAGUUUCCCCUUUUCAAUAUUAUUUAUUUGCUUGACAAUAUUUUUAACUAUGCCCUUGCUUACAGUACCUCCAUUUGAAAGCUGUAUUUUUGACAAAAAACUAAUAUCUUUCCAUACAUUGCAGACGUUUUCACGAUUUUGUGCACUUAAAACCUUAUGUUUUACUAGCGACUUAAAGUCCAUAGUAAAUUUUGCCACAGCUUGUACCAGUAUUAGAAUAAAACAUUUGAAGUUUGCCGGACAGUUCAUUAUUUCCUUUAAGUCCGUUGCACGUCAUCCUUGAUAUUUCUACGCUGUCUCAGUACAACCAACUGUUUAGCAAACAAUAAUUUUAAAAUCAAUUCAAUUUGGCUUAGGUAUAGAUACCAUAUUUCCAAUAAAAGUUUAUAGAAAAUUUGGUAUUUAACAAAUAAUGAAUGAUUUACACUAAUUUUGAUUUAAAAUUCUUUAUUGUAUUUCAUAAAAACCAAAAUGCUGAAAUAUCUCACGAGUAGAUGAAUUUAUAGUACAAAUAAGGUUACAUUAUUUACAGAAUUCUUUACAUUCUCUACUAUCGUUGACAACAUGGCAACUCUGUGUAAAGGUCAACCUUUACACAGAGUGUCAACUUCAAAAUUGGAUGAUGUGCACUUAACUUUACAAAAUGUAUGUUCGAAAAAAAUGGCGGAAACUAUGAAAAUGAUUUGAUGAAAAGUCCUAAAGUCGAGCUCUGUGCGUUCCGUGUUGCGAAUUUUUUCCUGAUUAAUCCCCAGUUAAUAUUUACGUACAUUAACGAAUUGUUCGCUUUGCUCAUUUUUAAAAUGUUUAACUUCUAAUAUUUUGUUUCCAGCAUUGUUUUCACUAAUAUCAUAACUAUAAAAUUUCAAUAGUAUAGUCGAUAUAUAGCAUUUUUCAUAUAAAAAAGCUUGCACGUCAUUCAAGAUUUACGUCGUCAGAACUCCACAGCGUUGCCAAAACAUCAGAAUAGUUAGUAAGUGAGGAAUUUUUAAAAUGUCAACUAUUUGUCAAACUAUUAUAUUAACAGUAAAUACACUUAGUUUUAAGACUACUGCAACACAUUAAAUUACAUAUGAAAACAUUUUAAUACAAAAUUAUAUAUUCUAACUUUUAAACUUACCUCUUUUAGGGCUUUAAUAGUAAAAACGUGCCGCCAUUAUUUCUUGUUCAAAAUAAUCUAUCUUAUAUGAAAGCUUAUCAGCUUUCUACAUACUAUUUAUUUGUUUUGGCAUAUCACAAUACACAACAAUAAUUAGUUUUUAAAGCUAUUAAUCUAAAUUUAAUAUAUAUUUAUAAAUAAAUUUAUAUAUAUAUAUAUAUAUAUAUAUAUAUAUAUAUAUAUAUAUAUAUAUAUUAUAAUCAAAUUGUGUACGAAAUGAAAACAUAAACAAAAUUCCUACUCUAAAAAAGCGGCAACACCAUUGUUUAAAUAGGACUAGUUAGACAAUCCUUAUGGAACAAAAGUUUGACUUUUAAUCCUCCGUCAUGUGGCGGCCUCUAGUCAUAAAUUUUAAAAACUAUUAACAGAAACUUAAUUCACUGCAGAAUUCUACUUAAGUAUAUUUGUAGCUGUCUGAUAACUAAUGCGAACCUGUACACGGAUGCCAGAUUGUAAAGAAUAUAUUAUAAGACUUAAAUAAAAUGCUUAUUGCUGUUAUCGUUGUAUGCGUCUUAUGAAAGAUAACUUGACUAUUUCGAGCGAAUAUUUCAAAUUGUUUUUAUACUUUGAGACUUGCUAAAUAUAAAUCGGUCAGUAAUCUAUUUAAAUGAAGUAGGUAAAUGCUACCUUUUUUUUUAAUUUUUAUUAGUUUACCAGAUAUUAAAUUUGGUUUUAUGAUUUGUUAGAAAAGGAUUAAAUAUUUAAUUGAAAUAUACUCGAUUGCUAUCGUCUUAGAACACUUAUGAAAAGGUUUAUUUUUUAGUCAAGACUUAAGUUUUAUCAUUGUUUAAAAAAGAAAAUCUUUUUAAACAAUGGUUUUAUGUAUGUUUUGAGAAAAUUAAAUUUUCAAUCUUUUAUUCUUUAAAAUGACGAUUGAAAAUAGUAAAUUUAUGGGAAUGGUUUUUUUGAUAAUGGUUUUGAAACAAAUAAACAGAUCGAUAUUCCACAACAAGAGGCAACACAUAUUUGGGGACAAAUUAAUCUAUGUGUUGGGGUAAAAGGAAUAAUAAUUAACAAAACUUUAAUAAACAGUAGCCUUUAUUUUAUUUAUUUAUAUAUAUAUAUUAUAAUAUACUCACCAUUUCUCUAUUUCUGCUUCAUUAUCAUCAAUCAGUCAAUCGCGUCCACUGCUGGACAUAGGCCUUGACUGAUUGAUGAUGGGCAUAGGUUUUGAAACAAAUCAACAGAUCGAUAUGCCACAAUAAGAGGCAACACAUAUUUGAUGACAAAUUAAUCUAUGUGUUGGGAUAAUAAAAGGAAUAAUAAUUAACAAAACUUUAAUAAAUAGUAGCCUUUAUUUUAUUUAUUUAUGUAUUUUAUAAUAUACACACCAUUUCUCUAUUUCUGCUUACAGUAAUGAGAAUGUUUUUUUUAAUCAACUCGCCCGAUCUGAGCUGUUUAUUAAUGAAAUAAUUUUAAAUUACAAAGUGAUAGGUAUUGCAAAAAUUAAAUUCGCAUUAUUUUAAUAGUUAUAUAAAACUAUAAGGUUUAUAACACAUAACAAUUCAAGGUAAAAAAACAAAACAAAAUUGUUUACAUUAAUAGUUAUAGAAAUUAAUUGUAACAUUGUUUUCAUGAACUAAAAUAAGCAAUGUAUGAGUUGGAUAUAUGUAUGAAUCAGCAAUACUAAUUUAAAAAUAAUAGAUCGUGUACAAUAUAGAUACGUAAGAAUCUGUUUAACUGUAAUGGUAUCAACUUCAACAAACGUUAUGCUAGCAAAGUGCAAUGAAACCCAUUAGAAUUGCAUAGACACCUAUUAGCACAAAAAUACUGUAUAAAGAUGAGAAACACUUAGUCAGACCUUUUAACAAAAGUGUAAGAUAAUUAUGAAAUCUUUUUUCCUGACCAAUGGUAAUAACGGCAUAUCUAUAAGAUCAUCAACAAAAUCCUCAAGUUCAGAAUUAUCACUCUGCGAAACAGUAUUGGCACUAGUUGAUGGUUGUUUUGCUAUCGAAUAUGUAUGUAAAACGCGUAGUGUCGUUAACGAACCUUCCUCUUCUACCUCACUAUAUUUUUUUGGUAUAGCAGUAGCGGGUAAAUAUUUUGCAUUUAGAUAUUUUUGGUCAAAAUGCUUACUGCAUAGAAAUUUUUAUUUCGCUCGGGUAGCUCCAGACUUUCCAAUACAGCAUUACCUACAACAAUAUUAUUAUUAACACAACUAAAAAAUAACCAACUUUCUGCAC